AUGAUACUAGCGGGUACAGAUACAUCAUCAGUGACAAUAGGAUGUGCAAUGUCCCUUCUAGUCAACCAUCCAGAGAUAUUGAAGAAGGCAAGAGUCAAGAUAGACACUCAUGUAGGCCAAGAUCGCUUCAUUGAUGAACUUGAUAUCUCAAAGCUACAUUACCUUCAAGCUAUCAUCUCCAAGACUUUCCAAUUGUUUUCAGCAGCAUCGUUGUUGUUACCACAUGUAUCAUUUGAUGAUUGCACUAUAGGGGGAUUCACCGUGCCACAUGGCACAAUGUGGGCCAUUCACCGAGACCCUAAGAUUUGGAAUGAUUCUACAAGCUUUAAGCUUGAGAGGUUCGAAGGUGGGAAAAUGGAAGGACACAAGUUGAUGCCAUUUGGGAUGGGAAUGAGGGUUUGCCCCGGGGCUGGUUUGGCACAACAUGUUGUGGGUUUGGCUUUGGGGUCAUUAAUUCAGUGCUUUGAAUGGGAGAGAGUCACUGAAGAGGUAGUUGAUCUAACAGAAGGGAUAGGGCUUACUAUGCCCAAAGUUGGGCCGUUGGAAGCCUUGUGCAAAGCACGUGACAUAAUCAUGAACAACAUUCUCUCUUAA